GGACUCAGGGAGACCAAGUCGCCUGGUCUCCCUUUUACACUUGUUCCUCUCUUGUUCCGCGUGGAUGGAACAAGUCCUUCCCGUGGUAUCACGCCUCCCACCUCUCCGCCACGGAGGACGCGAGAGGGUGGGCGCAGGAGGCGGGGGAGCGUCCCGCCCUUGUUCUCUCUCUCCUUCCCUCUCUCCCGCGGCGCAUCCUCUCUCCGCCCCUCGCCCUUCUCCUCCCUCACACUCGCCACCUGCGGGGCUGCCGUCGGGGGUGGUGCCAGCAGAGCCAGCCGCUCCCCCCGCCUCGGGGAUGUGCUGAGAAGGGGCAGCUUCCCUCGGGCCCUGCGCGCCUCUCCCGCCGCUUCCCCUGAGCCCCUUCCCCACCGCCCCACGCCUGCUCGGAACGGGUCCGGUCGCCGGUGGCGAAGGAGCCCGGCGACUUGUGUGAAGAUAUUCUUCAGCCAUGGAUGUGUUCAUGAAGGGACUUUCCAAGGCAAAGGAAGGAGUUGUAGCAGCAGCAGAAAAAACCAAGCAGGGUGUGGCAGAGGCAGCAGGGAAGACGAAAGAAGGUGUCCUUUAUGUGGGUUCCAGGACCAAGGAAGGAGUUGUUCAUGGUGUCACAACAGUGGCUGAGAAGACCAAAGAGCAAGUGUCUAAUGUUGGGGGAGCUGUGGUGACAGGAGUGACAGCAGUGGCCCAGAAGACAGUGGAAGGAGCAGGGAGCAUUGCUGCAGCCACUGGCUUGGUGAAGAAGGAUCAGUUGGGCAAACAGAAUGAAGAAGGUUUCCUGCAGGAGGGAAUGGUGAAUAAUGCAGAUGUUGCCAUGGAUCCUGAGAAUGAGGCUUACGAGAUGCCUCCAGAGGAAGAGUAUCAAGACUAUGAACCUGAAGCAUGAGAGUCCCUUCCUUCCUUUAUAUCUCCUGAAAUCUACUAAAUCUACUACUAAAGACGUCCCAUCCUGUACAAGUGCUGAGUUCCAAUGUGCCCAGUCGUAAAAUUUUUUUACAGUUUUUACAGUGUAUUUUGAAGUCUUCCAUCAGCAAUGAUUGGAGUAUCUGUGACUGCAUCCACCUUGUUUCAGCAUUUCCCUCCUGCUGAAAUGAAAGCUGGUUGGCAGGGUCAUUGUUGUGCUGUGGAUAUUGUGGCUUCAAGUUUAAAAGUUAAAAAAGAAAAUGUUAAAUAAAAACACCUAAGUGUCUAUUGCUUAUUUCUAACUCUGUACAUGUUUUGUUGAUAGGCUGUCAGUAUUUUAAUAUUGUUUAUGAUACACUUUUUAUUUGUUUCCUAUGACUCUUCUUUCUGUGCAGAGAUGACUUAUUGUGAGAGCUUUAUAUAUAUAUGUGUGUAUGUAUUAUACAUAUAAAAAAAAGUAACUGAGCAUGAACUAUGCACCUAUAAAUAUUAGCUGUUGAAAGUUUAUUGGUUUGUGAUGUGUUUUAUUAACUUGUGUCUGUAAAUAAUGGUGUUCAACUGAAACAAAUAAAACAUAACCCAUUAAAAUGAA